UCAGGGUGUGUUGCUCGUACCGAUCAGAUAACACAGAAAGGGAGACUGAAUUUUGACCCACAGAAAAAGGUUUAUUUGCCUCGCGAUUUACUCAUUCUACGAAGGUUGAAAAGUGUUGUUUCGUGCUCGCAAGUUUCAUCCAGUUGCAUAUUUCUUCUUCUCCUGGCAAAGUUUGAUAAAGUAGGUCUUAGUGGUAACGUCAUGAAAAACAACCGGAAACUAUUCCUUUCCUGUGCUUUGAUCCUGGUGCUUCUGCCGUGUCUCUUUGGCCUCCGCCCUCUGAAAAGGACACGUCCAAAAUAUAAAGUUUUAAUCCUCGGAGCCGGUUCUGCUGGUAUUACAGCAGCUAAGACGCUGUACGAUAAUGGUAUCAAGAACUUUCUCGUGUUAGAGGCUCAAGAUUACAUUGGAGGUCGAAUGAAGUCAGUGCCCUUUGCUGGUAUGAAGGUAGAGGAAGGAGCGAACUGGAUCCACUACGUGGAAGAGGAAGAUAAUCCCCUUAAUCGAUUGAACAAAAAGUACGACUUGAGGGGACAUCUGUCCAAUUACAGCGAUUUCUGCAUGCGAGACGACUUCGGUAACGACAUCACUGAUUUGAAAACUUUCCAUCGAUGGGAGAAAGUUCGUGACGAACUGUUUGCAGAGGGGGAGAGAAGAGAUGGAGCAGACACCCCACCCAGAGACAUGCCUGCUUCUGUUUACCUGAAGAUGCGCGGAUGGCGUUCAGAUUCCCCGAUGAAGAGGACCUUCUCCUGGUUCGACAUUGAUUUCGAGUACGGCGGAGAUGAAACCGUCACUUCCCUUAAUAACAUGGGAUUUCCGGGUGAGGACUUCUUCAUCACUGACCAAAGAGGCUACUGGACCCUCUUCAGUGACUUCUACAAGCGGUUUAGGAAAAGGAUUUUGCUAAACAAGCCUGUCUCCAAGAUCAGCUACUCCAACAACAGCGUUACAGUCACUACAACUGAUGGAGAUGAGUUCAUUGCAGAAUACGCGCUGUCAACCUUCAGUUCCGGAGUGCUGGGCAGUGGCCUGGUUGAGUUUGACCCUCCCUUCCCCAAAUGGAAGUUGGAAGUGAUAUAUCGUUUCCGUCCAGUUUACUUCACUAAGAUUUUUUUGAAGUUUCCGCGCGAUUUCUGGGAUGAUCAUGAGUGGAUAAUGCACGCUUCCGAGAAAAAGGGCGAGUUUCCAACUUUCUACGACCUGGAUCGACCCGGUUUCUUCCCUGGCACAGGUGUCUUGUUCACAUCGGUGACUGGCGAUGCCUCGCUCAGAAUUGAAGCACAAGACGAUUCCAAAACGAUGAUAGAAGUGAUGGCCACUUUGAGGAAAAUUUACGGAGAAAACAUUCCUAAUGCUACAGACAUCCAUGUCAGCAAGUGGUCACAGAAUCCAUAUGUGAGAGCAGCCUGGACAGAUCCUGUGGUCGGCACAAGCUGGGGUCACUAUGACAACAUGGCCGGACGACUUGGAAAUCUCUUCUUUGCAGGGGAGAGCACCAGCUCUGAGUGGAUGGGAUACGUUCAGGGUGGCUUCUUCACUGGACAAGCUAAGGCCAAGGAGAUAAUCAGCUGUCUGAGGGGAAAGAAGUGUAAGCCAUACAAAAAAGCGAAGAAAUACGUUAAGUGAGGCGUAACUUUAGAGAGUGAAUGCCUUUGUAAACGUGUGCUCAUGAAGUACAAAUAAAAGGAUUUCACUCCA